CAUAUCCAUUUUCUGCAAUUAUUCUCUUUAAGCUUCAUUCUUAAUCAGAGAAUACCAAUGGCCUCACAUGACAAGAAACCUGCUAAGCCGUCGAGCAGCCGUUCCGGUGGCAUCCGUACGCUCGCCGAUCUCAACAGGCCGUCUGGACCUGAUUCCGGCAGCGAUUCCGAUAAUCCUCAGGAGUACUACACCGGCGGCGAGAAAAGCUGUGGAUUCUUAUCGCACAAAUUUUUAAGCAUCUUAAACCUAAGUGGCAUGCUUGUUCAAGAUCCUUCGAAGAAUAAUGAAGUAGAUGGGAUUUUCAAUCAAGCUAGGCAACUGGGAGCCGUAGAACGGCCAAUUGAACAGCUUAAUCCAUCGUCAAGUUCAACAAGUUUUACUGGAACCGGUAGAUUACUUUCAGGGGAAACUGUAUCUUCUGUACCUCAGCAGCCUCAGACUGUUAUUCACAACAUUGUUUUCUGGACUAAUGGCUUCACUGUAAAUGAUGGUCCUCUGAGAAGGUUGGAUGAUCCCGAAAAUGCACAUUUCUUAGAGAGCAUCAGAAAGUCCGAGUGUCCUAAAGAACUUGAGAGUGCUGAUAAAAGGUCUCCUGUUCAUGUCAAUCUGAUAAAGAGAAACGAGAAAUACCCUGAACCAAAGAAGAAGCACCAGGCAGCAUUUCAGGGUGUCGGAAGAACUCUCGGUAGCGGCAGUACUUCCGCAACUCCUGAAGAAACCAGCAGUACCAGUCCUCUCAACACUGCUCCAAAUCCUUCUCCUGGCCUGGUUGUUGACGAAAGUUUACCAUCAACCUCAAUUCAGCUUAGGUUGGCUGACGGGACUCGCAUGGUCGCUCGCUUCAAUUUGCACAAUACAGUUGGAGACAUCCGUUCAUUCAUUGAUGCAUCUAGACCUGAGAGUGCAACAAUUUAUCAACUGCAGAUGAUGGGAUUCCCUCCUAAACUUCUUGUUGAUCCAACCCAAACCAUCGAGCAGGCAGGCCUGGCCAAUUCUGUGGUAAUACAGAAAUUCUAGCUUGGGCUGCAUAGAACUCGUCCAUCUACUCAUUACUAUAACUGCUUAUUGUACCGAGUGAAGAUUUUCCAUAAUUUUGAACGAUUAUGAACCGCUACUAUGUACAAGAAGCAGGUUUUGAUGUCUGAGUCUGGUUAAAUGGGAUCAAAUUGUUUGAUUCUCCACAUAGAUAAUUUUUUUCCGGAAA